GUGACAGCCCAUCCUCUGGCACUGCCGUGUGCCACAUCUCCAUCUCCUCCAUGCUGGGCAUCUCUUCCCUGCACUGCCCAUCCUCUCCAGGGACUGACAUCUCCCCGUCUCCUCCUGCAGGAGCUGUGCCACCCCUUAGCUGGGCUGGCUGCCUUCACUUCUGGACAGGCACAGCGAGGAUGUGGCUGGCUCUAGCUCUGGUGUCCGUGUUCCACGGGAUGGCAUCGGGGGAAUGCCUCUUCAAUUCCCCAUCCCCUAAGAACCCAGAGGCAGGGAUGAACAUCAGUGCAAUGAUCUCCUUCUGGGGGUACCCCAGCGAGGAGUAUGAUGUGGUGACAGAGGAUGGCUACAUCCUCCAGCUGAACAGAAUUCCUCACGGGAGAGGAAAUGCCGGGUGCCAAGGUGUGAGACCCGUGGCUCUCCUGCAGCAUGGUCUCCUUGCAGAAGGCAGCAGCUGGCUCACCAACCUGGCCAACAGCAGCCUGGGCUUCAUCCUGGCAGACGCUGGCUACGACGUGUGGAUAGGAAACAGCAGAGGGAACACCUGGUCCAGGAGACACCAGGUCCUGACUCCCAACCAGGAUGAAUUCUGGGCUUUCAGCUUUGAUGAGAUGGCUAAAUAUGAUCUCCCAGCCAUGAUCAGCUUUAUUGAGCAGAAAACAGGACAGAAACAGCUGUAUUACAUUGGUCAUUCCCAAGGCACCACUAUAGGUUUUAUAGCCUUUUCCACGAUGCCCCACCUGGCUCGGAAAAUCAAGGUGUUCUUUGCUCUUUCACCUGUGACCACGGUGAUAUUUUCUCAGAGCCCAAUUAGAAAACUCUCAUUCUUUUCUGACUAUGGGCUUAAGGAGCUGUUUGGCACCAGGGAGUUCCUGCCACACACUGCCCUGGGGGAGCUGGUCCUCUCCAGGUUCUGUGUCUGCUCCAAGGUCUGCAAGCACAUCUUGGCUAGGGUUUUCGGGUUUAACUGGAAGAACACAAACAUGAGCCGAUUCGAUGUGUACGUGGGACACACCCCGGCGGGGUCCUCAGUCCAGAACAUAAUCCACUGGCUGCAGGGAGUCCAUGGUGGGGCACUGAGAGCUUUUGAUGGGGGGCACGAGUACAACAGCCUUCGCUACAGACAGGCCGGGGCGCCCUUCUACAGCGUGGGGGCCAUGGAGGUGCCCACGGCCGUGUGGAACGCGGGGCAGGACUGCCUGGCCGACCCCCGGGACACGGCCCUGCUGCUCCCCCAGCUCAGGAACCUGCUCCACCACAAGCUCAUCCCCCACUGGAACCACCUGGAUUUCGUGCUGGGCCUCGACGCCCCCGAGGUUUUGUACCGGGAGAUCCUCGACAUCAUGAAGGAGCAUCCCUAAAGAUGCUGGGUUUGCCAGAUAUGAUUUUUUUUCCUGAUUUUUUUCUGAGACAAUUACUGCUGUCUCUAGAGGAUUUUGAAAUUCCUCUCUAUUUGGACCACCUGAAUAUAGUUAAAAUAUUUAAUAUGGUUAAAAUAUUCUGCUUUUAACUGGAGCAGUGACAGGGUGGGGAGAGGAGCCUUCAUGCUAUUCCUAGCUGGCACUGCAUUGCUUUUCUUUUUCCACUGUCUUUCUUUUUCCUUUUUAUUUAUUUUUGUGUGUGUGUGUGUCUUCAUCAGUGACACAAAGCUCAUUGUUGCUGUCUCAGGUCUGGCACUGUUAUGCUUAAAACCAUCAAGGUGGAUCAGAAAAAGAUCCCACAGAUCUGUGGUGAAAAACACCAGAAUUAGGAUCCCAGAAUGUCCUAGGUGGGAAGGGACUUUAAAGCCCAUCCAGUGCCACCCCUGCCAUGGCAGGGACACCUUCCACUGUCCCAGGCUGCUCCAAGCCCCAAAGUCCAACCUGGCCUUGGGCACUGCCAGGGAUCCAGGGGCAGCCACAGCUGCUCUGGGCACCCUGUGCCAGGGCCUGCCCACCCUGCCAGGGAACAAUUCCUGCCCAAUAUCCCAUCCAGCCCUGAUCCCUGGCAGUGGGAAACCAUUCCCUGUGUCCUGUCUCUCUAGGCCCUUGUAAAUAGUUUCUUUCCAUCCUUCUGCCUUCAGUGGAAGGGCAUCUCCUUAGGAAAAAAAAACGAGUAGUAGUGGGUUUGAAUUCAAUAAAAACUAUAAUUAAUCACAUUUUUAAUGUGGCUUGGGCUUUUUUUUUUUUUUUUCUUUUUUUUUCUUUUUUUCUUUUAUUUUUUUUUCUUUUUUUUCUUUUUUUCUUUUUUUUUUUUUUUUUCAGUGACUGGGAAGUGAGAAAUGCAUAAAUCCUGAAGAGAAAUUACAAGUCAGAUAGUCCAGCAUGUGAUUCUGGUGCAGAAUGUGUAAAAUCCAAAUAAAAAGGAGCUUAGGGCAUUCACAAAGUGCCUGUGUCUUAGGGUUGAUCUGAGAGGUUUGGUAAUAAGAUUGAGUGGUGAUCUCAGAGGUGCCGUGAUGUAUUGAUGAUUAUUUUCUUUAGCCUGAGGGAAGGGCAUUUAUUUUACAGCAAUAAAAAAAUUGGCUAUUUCUGUCAACCAAAAUCCUGAGGCUCAUCAGAAAAAUCUCAAUAAACAUGUCAAUGGAGCAACCACCAGAAGAAUCAGCUUCUUUCAGGGAGGGAGAAUCCAGCUGUGAGGCAAAGCAGUAUUUCAUGGAGAAAUUACUCAAAAUCCUGCACAGGAGUAGGGUCCGAUUUUCAAUUUUUAGAAUUUCCUGGAAGAUCUGCAUCGCCCUGAAAAGCAGAGUACAUCAAUCAGGGGCUUGGGGGGACUCCAGAAAAUAAAUUUGGGGGAGAGCAGCCACUCCAAGCGUUGCUGUGGGUUAUCUUUGCUGACAGAAUUGCUGGCUGUCAUUUGCUUGGCAGAAGUCAAGGACAGAGGCUCCUCCCUGGUGCUGGAUGUCCUUGUGCUGGCCUUGCUGGCCGCUUCCUUGGGGAAAAGCUGCAGUAAAUAAUUAAUGAUUCGCUUCUUUUUUCACCCGUUUUCUUCCUAAGUGUGUAGCUUCUGCCUCAUCCCAAGAAGCUUUCUGCAAAAUUGUCUUUUUAGGUAAUGCUCUUCACCUAAUCUGUUUAUUCAGUUUGUUCAAGACAGUCCAUUUCCAGUAAAUACUCUUCUCUCUACUAAGAAAAUUGCUUGUAAAUUCUAUCGGGCGAUCAGAUUAUCGGAUUUGGAUAUUGUUUGCUUUUCUGUCUUUAAGAGAUUCUCUAAGCAUCUUUCUUUAGUACAAAUUCUUGCUUAAGUUAAUCCUAUUUAAACACAUCUCCCCUUUUUUUUUUUUUUUUUUUAAGAGUUUCUUUUCUGCAGAAACAAUUUGCCCAAAGCCAAAAAAAAUUUAAAACCACAGCUUCACUUGGUAUUUUGCCAUGGGGACAAAAGGGCUUUUCCUUGAUUGCUUUGUCUCCUUUUGCUGUGCCAAAAUAUUUUCUUUCCCUUUCAAAGCCCUGAAACAAAGCUGUGACCCAAAUCCUGGCUGAAAUGAAAAUAAAUCAGCUGCCAGCAGCGGGAGACAUUUGCAGAGGAGACACGUGGCACAUGGCAGGACCCAGAAGGUGCAGAAGUAAAUGAGGAAAGAACCCCCAAAUCGUCCCCUGGGGUCAGGAGGGUACAGAGGGGAGACCCCAGGGUGGCACAGCAUUCCCUGCCUCUGCUCCCAGUGGGCACCCAAGCAGCUGGGAAACACAGUGCAGACCAAAAAUCCCAAAUUACUCCACAGCCUGCUGAGUCAGCAGGUUUGGCCUUUGGCUGGCAGGAGAACACUUCCCCAAAUAAAAGGCUAAAUAAAUAAACAAACAGCCUUUGGCCACGGGGCUCGUGGGCUCCUGGGAGAGCAUGCCAGGUUUGACUGGCACCAGUGGCAGCCAGACCUGCUGGCCCUGGGCUGCUGAGCUUCUCUGAUUUGGUGAGCAGGUUGAUUCUCCUGUGAAAGGAUUGGGCAGCAAUGUAAAACAGUGGUCAGGACUCCAGGCGCUCCCAGCUUUGUGGGUGGAACAACAGCAGGCUGUUAUUUCCCUCGUUAAAGGUACUUGAAGUGUGUUGUUGGAAGGUGCAGCCCUAAACACAGACGUGACCCACCCUCAGCACCCUCAGCACCCUCAGCACCCUCAGCACCCUCAGCACCCUCAGUCCCGUGUUGCA